AGCUGCAGCAUGUGUUUUGUUUGCUUUAUUAAGAGAUUGGAGCCUCGUUUUAUUUUUUAUCUGAACGGUUUUAAAGUGACGGUUUAGAUGUGAGACUGGAGUUUUGAACACGAUUAAAGAAACAACAGCUUAAGCUGCAGCGAGCGAGAGAUAUACAGGGACAGAGUGAGAACGGAUCAGCCUCACUCACAGGGAGCUUCUGAGAUGGAAGCAGCUCACAUCAGCCCAGAGCUUCCUAUUCGAUGGGUUGUUUCUGCAGACAGGACUGUUGAGAUCAAGGAGGAAGUGACUGAGCUGGGGUGCGACCAGGCCAAUGAGCGGAUCCUGCAGGAGGAAACACCACCUUCUAGCAUCACUGAGAGAGGUACUGAUAGAAAGCUUUCUGAACUGGAACCUGUCCCUAUUAAAGAUGAAGCCCAAGAAAAACUAGAAACUGUUUACAUUAAACAGGAGAGUCCUGUACUAGAAUCAGUCCAUAUUAAACAGGAGAGUCCUGCACUAGAAUCAGUCCAUAUUAAACAGGAGAGUCCUGUACUGGAAUCAGUCCAUAUUGAAGAGGAGAGUCCUGUACUAGAGUCAGUCCAUAUUAAAAGGGUUAUUCUCAAUUCUAAACCCUUAAGCAGCUCUCUUUGUCAUGGAUGUGGGAAGAGUUUUAAUCCUGCAGGAAACCUUGAAGCAUCUCCUGGAAAGACUUUGCAUCGCUGUGCUGGAUGUGUGAAGACUUUCAGGGAGUCGGGAAUCCUGAACGGACAGCAGCAGACAGGCACUGGAAAGACUCCAUAUAACUGUCAUGAAUGCGGGGCAGAUUUCAGACCCCACAGCAGCGUGAAACACCACCUGCGAGUUCUGAAGGUACAGCUGGGUUAUCCUUGUGAAAGGCAGGAUUUGGAGAUGGAGCCUGUCCUCAUUAAAGAGGAGCUUCCUGAGCUGGACCCUGUCUACAUUAAGAAAGAAGUCACAGCACUGGAACCCGUCCACAUUGAAGAGGAGAGUCCUGUGCUGGAAUCAGCAGAAUGGGAACACCUUUCAGCUUCUAAAGUAGAUGAAAAUGGACACGACGCUAAACCAUCACCCCACUGCAAAAACUCUUCUAGUGGCAAACCACAGUGCAAGAAAGACAGAGAGACCACACCCCAAGAAGGAAAUAUGAAGAAAUUGAGAACUCCCUCAGUUAAAAUUCCUUCUCUGGAGAGUACAGAUUCUACACAUUCUGUGUGUGUGAUCAAUUCUGAAACCCAGGGCAACUUGAAGACCUUGCCCUGUUCUGCUAAACAAGGAAAGAGUUCACAUCAAUUAGGCUCUCCUAAAACUCACAAGGGAAGUCCCACAAGAGAGACUCCAUUUCCCUGUGCUGAUUGUCGGAAGAGUUUCAGUCAUGUAUCACAGCUUAAAAUCCACCAGUGCAGUCACACAAGAGAGAAAUGCUAUCACUGCACAGUGUGUGAGAAGAGAUUCAGUUUGAUAAAAACUCUUAAAAGACAUCAGCGAACCCACACAGGAGAGACAUGUCACCACUGUAAUGAUUGUGGGAAGAGUUUCACUGAAAUAGGAAGUCUUAAAAAACACCAACGAAUUCACACAGGAGAGAAACCUUACCACUGCAAAGAGUGUGCAAAGAGAUUCAGUCAUUUGUCAGACCUUAAAAACCACCAGCGCAUUCACAAAGGAGAGAAACCGUACCACUGUAAUGAUUGUGGGAAGCGCUUUACUGAAUUAGGAAGUCUUAAAAGACACAAGCUAAUUCACACAGGCGAGAAACCACACCUCUGUAAUGAAUGUGGAAUGCGCUGCAAUUAUUUAGGAAAUCUUAAAAAACACCUACAAAUUCACAUAGGAGAGAAACCACAUCAGUGUAGUGAGUGUGGGAAGCGCUUUACUGAAUUAGGAAAUCUUAAAAGACACAAACGAGUUCACACAGGAGAGAAACCACAUCUCUGUAAUGCUUGUGGGAAGAGCUUUACUGAAUUACGAGGUCUCAAAAGACACGAACGAGUUCACGCAGGAGAGAAACCACAUCACUAAAGAUUGUGGGAAGAGCUUUACUGAAUUACGAGGUCUCAAUAACAGACCCUUUUAACACAUUCCAAAGAGGGAGACGCUAUUUCACACCCUCGCUGGUAAGAGACACACAAGCCGAGAUGUUUAUCUUAUGGGAGAUGCUGUUUUUUUCCGAUAUCCCACUGACAGAGCGCAGGCGUUAAUUCAGGGGUGGCCUCAUAUUCACGGCCUCAAUGUCUAAAAAUAAAAGAAAAAAAAUUCUACAACAUUUUAUAUGAUUGGCUAAAUCAGUCUUCCCAUCCGCUGAUAAUAAAGCCGUGCAUCUUUCAUAGAGAAGGGUGGAUCUUGAAGUUCCAUGUAAGUGGAAACUGCUGAUUGACUGCUUCAAAACCUUUUGUUAAGACCAGGAGCUCUGUUCAUCUACCCGCUAUUUUUUAUUAUUAUUAAAACCAGAAGGAAAAGGCUGUCGCAUCGCUGCAAAGGCAGGACUGCGGCUUGGCUUCUUCACGGCUAAACCCCUGGAGCAAGGUGCAAACGCUGGGCUUCUCUUUGCAUCCCUCCAGGCUGGACCACGGGGCAAGGACCAUCGCGGGAUUGGUAUUCUUCUGUAUCGUGUAACACACGUUAAUGUGAGAAAAAAAUGAAUUGGAUGAAGGAUGUCAAGAAAUAAAGGUUGAAUAUAUUUGUGUGUGCUAUAUUUGUGUAUGUGUCUUUAUUUAAAAAAAAAAACUCCUUUGUAGCAUUCUCCAGAGUGACUAGUAUAUUUAUAUUAAUAAACAUUAUAUAUUCUGUAUACAUAGCAUAAUAUUAUGAGAUAUGUACACACACAAUGCCUAUAGAAAGUCUA